AACAAAGAACGUCUUUGCCAUAGCCGAGUAUCACACCACACCCAGGUGUAGUUAUCACUUCGUGGGGCUUCUCUGAACUCUUUUUACCUCCAAACUCCCAAGUCUUAUCCACCAGCAGCAACUUCAAAAACCAAAUCUUUGGGGAUGAACCCACUCACCUCAACUCAAUAAAACCAACCCUUCCAAUUUCCAAACCAAAAAAAAAUGGCGGCAGCAGCAGCAGGGGCUAGAAUAAACUGCUUUUUCUUAAACCCCAUAAAUCCCCUCAACUCCAAAACCACCACCCGUCUCACCACCCACCUCCACUUUCGUCUUUCAAGAAAAACGCCACCCACCUUUUGCACCCGCGCCUCCGCCACUACUCCCGACGAAACAUCCGCCGCCGCCAAUGACCCUUUUGUCCUCACAACUCCUCUUUAUUACGUGAACGCCCCUCCCCACAUGGGCAGUGCCUACACCACCAUCGCCGCCGACGCCAUUGCUCGCUUCCAGAGGCUGCUGGGCAAGAGAGUCAUUUUCAUUACCGGGACUGAUGAACACGGUGAAAAGAUUGCUGCCGCUGCCGCAGCUAAUGACUCCACCCCUGCACAACACUGCGACCUCAUUUCACAGUCUUACGUCACUCUCUGGAAAGAUUUGGAUAUAGGUUAUGACAAGUUUAUUCGGACAACUGAUCCCAAGCAUGAAGCGAUUGUGAAGGAGUUUUACUCUAGGGUCCGUGACAAUGGAGACAUUUAUAGGGCUGACUAUCAGGGACUUUAUUGUAUCAACUGUGAAGAGUAUAAGGAUGAGAAAGAACUGCUUGAGAAUAACUGUUGCCCCACGCAUCUAAAGCCAUGUGUUGCACGGAAAGAGGAUAAUUUCUUCUUUGCAUUGUCCAAGUAUCAGAAGCCGCUGGAAGAAACUUUGGCCAAAAAUCCGAAUUUUGUGCAGCCUUCAUACCGUCUUAAUGAGGUGCAAAGUUGGAUUAAAAGCGGCCUAAGAGACUUUUCCAUUUCUCGAGCAUUAGUGGAUUGGGGCAUCCCAGUUCCUAAUGAUAGCAAGCAAACCAUAUAUGUUUGGUUUGAUGCUUUAUUGGGUUAUAUAUCAGCACUUUCAGAGGAUAUGGAACAACCUAGUUUAGAAAGAGCUGUUUCAUCAGGAUGGCCUGCCUCGCUACACUUGAUUGGCAAGGAUAUUUUACGUUUCCAUGCAGUAUACUGGCCAGCUAUGCUAAUGUCUGCUGGACUGGGCCUUCCCAAGAUGGUGUUUGGCCAUGGGUUUUUGACAAAGGAUGGUAUGAAGAUGGGGAAGUCACUAGGGAAUACAAUUGAACCAAAUGAUUUGGUUCAAAAAUUUGGGUCUGAUGCGGUCAGGUACUUCUUCGUCAGGGAGGUGGAAUUUGGUGGUGAUGGGGAUUAUUCAGAAGAUCGUUUCAUCAAUAUUGUCAAUGCUCAUCUUGCCAAUUCAAUCGGAAAUCUGCUUAACCGCACUCUGGGGCUUCUUAAGAAGAACUGCCAAUCUACUUUGGUAAUUGAUUCAAGUAUCGCAGCUGAAGGAACUACAUUCAAGGACACUGUGGAGAAGUUGGUUGAAAAAGCUCGGGUUGAUUAUGAAAACCUCUCACUAUCAUCAGCUUGUGAGGCUGUUCUUGAGAUCAGCAAUGCUGGAAAUUCAUACAUGGAUGGGCGUGCACCAUGGUCUCUCUUUAAGCAAGGGGGUGCUGCAAGUGAAGCUGCUGCAAAGGUGGUCAUUUUGCAUGUCAUAAAUGACCUUGUGAUAAUACUAGAAGCAAUGAGGGUUAUAGCUAUUGCAUUAUCCCCUGUCACACCAAGUUUAAGUUGGAGAAUAUAUCGACAGCUUGGCUACUCAAAGGAUCAGUUUUAUGCUGCUACCUGGAGUGACACCAGGUGGGGUGGGCUUAAAGGUGGUCAGGUCAUGGCUCAACCUCAACCGAUCUUUGCAAGGAUUGAAAGCCAAACAGAAGAAGAAAAUAGGGUCGAAGCACCCAAAAAGGUGAAAAAGAACAAGUUACCACAGUCUCAACAGGUGGUUGAAGCUUAAAUUUCUGCCCUUCGUUUCAUUUUUGGUUUUCCCCAAAAAACUAUAUCGGAUCAACAAAUUACUCAGCAGUCAGCACCUUGUUCUGCUGUUAAAGAUUAAAUCCAUUUUGUGUAAUGAUUGUAUCAUAUUCUUGACAAUAUGCUUUCCCGUAAGUAAUUAUGUCUUUUCUGAGGAAACUAGUAUUUGCGGAAA